CGUUGCAAAAACAGUCUCCGUUCAAAUAUACUCCUAUCUAGUAAGGAAAAAGUACUGGGCAAAAACCACCACAAACGUCGAGCGGUGGAAGAAGAUGGCCGUAGCUCUGUCUUCGCCGCCACUUCCUCCACCAUCACCGCCGUCAUCGAGGAGCCGCUGCCGCUUCCGUUGCAGUUCCACGCUGUCUCAGAGUGACUCUAUUUCUUCCCCACCCAUCACUUCCACCACCUAUCGCCCUGCCGUCAUUCUUCCAGGAUUGGGGAAUAAUACAAACGACUACCAGAAAUUAGCCCUAAUUUUGAAAGAUUACGGGGUUCCCACUGUGAUUGCCAAUGUUUCCAGAAUUGAUUGGCUGAGAAAUGCUGCUGGCUUGUUGGACUCGAAUUAUUGGCGAGGCACCCUCCGCCCUCGACCGGUUGUUGACUGGUAUCUUGAGAGGGUUGAAGAAGCCGUGAACGAGGCGAAGGAAUUGGCCCAAGGUUCAACCUUAUCUUUGAUUGGGCACUCAGCGGGUGGAUGGCUGGCUCGUGUUUACUUGCAAGAAUAUGGCCUAUCCGAUGUUUCCCUACUGUUGACAUUAGGCACCCCUCACCUCCCACCACCUAAAGGCGUGCCGGGAGUCAUAGAUCAAACGAGGGGACUUUUGGAUUAUGUUGAAAAGCAUUGUGCUCAAGCUGUUUAUACCCCGGAAUUUAGAUAUGUGUGCGUUGCAGGGAGGUACAUACAAGGGGCUCGUUUGACUAGAUCGAGCAAUAACGAUAUUUCUGGAGUUACGGUCAAAAUUGACCAACCAGUUGGUGAAAUGACCGCCAUUGAUAAUACAGCACCAUCAUCUGCCACAUUGCAAGCUCGAUUUGUUGGUCAAGGAUAUAAGCAGGUAUGUGGGCAAGCAGAUGUAUGGGGAGAUGGAGUUGUGCCUGAAAUAUCUGCACAUUUGGAAGGUGCACUAAACAUAACUCUGGACGGAGUUUAUCACUCACCCGUUGGUUCCGAUGAUGAAACGAGACUUUGGUACGGUUCUCCAUCGGUUGUAAAGCAGUGGAUAAACCACCUCCUCGAUUAAUUGCACAUUUAGGCACUUAAUCACAAGCAACUAGUUGUGUAUAUUGUUGUAUUUAUUCAUUCGGAAACUCUGGAAAUAAAGCUUGUUUCCAUCAUUAAUAAUAAUAUUUCGAAAAAAA